AAAUAGAAACGUAUUAACCUUGACAGAAACGAAUUGGUCCAUGCGUGAACUUUCCAGCGCAAACGAACCAUCCGAAUCAUCUAUUCAAACACAUGAUUCACCGGCGGAUGCAAAAUGACUAAUAGAACCGAGCUUCACACAGAGCAAAUCAUUGGCGCGGGAGCGAUUCAACUAAUCGGUUCAUACGUUUUCAAACAGCACAGUUCUAUAGUCGCAUUUUGAUAGCUCUUAUCGCCACACAUCGUGAGAAAUGUCUUCUUACAACGACCAAGAUGAGUCACCGUCAUGUCGAGGCUACCGAGCAAAAUGUGUAAGAGUGUGUGUUGUGAGUUUGUUAUCAUAACAUUGGAGUUUUACGUUUCUAUGCUGCUGGUGAAAAGUGUUAGAAGCUAGUCACAAUUUUACUUAAUUUUUAGUAAACCAAAUAAGUAAAACACUUCAAAUUUUAAACUCAAAUUGGGAAAAAAACAAUUUCAAACAGUAUUGUAAUUGUGGUCGUGUAGCAAACAGACGUUCCACCUCAAGGGAGCUCUCACAGACACCAUCGAUAGCCCACCACACAAUAUAACAGGCGCUAUCUAUAGUCAAACUACCUAGUUGACGUAAAGCGGCAGCCAAGUGAACAACGCAAAAAUGACCACCAUCAUAGUGACGAAUCCACAGGUCGGCCCCGACCCCAUGACGAUCACCUGCCCAUCGUGCCGUGCUACGGUACGCACGAAAGUGAAGCACGAAUCGACGACGUCGACUCACGCCUGCGCCCUGCUGCUGUGGAUCGUGUGUUGGCCCUGCCUGUGCCUACCGUACUGCUGCAAUUCGUGUCGAGACGCCAAUCAUUACUGCCCAAGAUGCAACACGUUCCUCGGCUCGUACAAACAUUGAAGGGCGUUCGGGGCACCAGUUGCAGAAGUUGAAACCAAUGCGCUCACAGUGUUUGAGGGAUACGCAAUAAGCGUCGCAAUGCUACGUGCUGCGUUAGUGAAAUGUGAAAACUAUCGCCUAGAUCGUGUUUUUUACUACGAUAGAAAUGGUUUGGCUGCUACCUUGCUCUUAAUAUACGUAUCGUGGUUUGGUGAUUGUAAUAGUCCAAAGUGCACAACAUAUCAGGGGGAAAAAAUACUGUAAGAUAAAGAUCACUCGGAAUUUGCCAAAUAUACUAAUAUAAGUUCUCUAACACAAGUUAAA